CUCUAAAUUCUAAUACUAUAUUUAUUAUUUAUUUAUUUAUUUUGAGAGCCACUCGCCUCCUCUCUUUCGGGCGCCCCUCUCAUCACUUUCACCUCCGCCGCCGGCCCCCUCCCGGGCGCCGCCGAAGUCCUUCCACCAGCCCUCGUCCUACACCAUCCCGCCCCUCCUCGCUCUCCUUGCCUCUGGCUUCCUCUUUCCCCCGGCAGCCAUGGCAGCGGGGAAGCGGUGGAGCGUCCGGGAGGCGGCGGUCAAGGCGGGGGCUGUCGCCGCCUCGCUGGAGACGAGCAAGGGACGGGUAGCGACUGGGACAUGGGCGAAGGAGUGUUUGGAGGGUUUCAAUAGGCGGCCGAGGAAGGAGAGCUCGAUGGAGAGUAGCUGGCGGUGGGAGUGGUGUGCUUCUACUUGAGGCCGGGAGGCAGGACAGCAGUGAAAUCCACUCAUAUUAAUAUCCAUCAUUCUUCUAACUUCACCAAAUUUUGAAUUUAAUGUUUUUGGCCUUCUACUUUUGCAGUACUUUUGGUGAUGUUCAACAAAGCGGCAAUGUCUUCCUACAAUUUUCCAUAUGUCAAUGUCUUGACCCUUCUUCAGAUGAAACUGGGAAUACGUCAAAUAAAACUGCAAGCUUUGUACCAGUUGAAACACUGCUGCGAAUCCUUCCCCUUUCUUUAACAUAUUUGCUUUACAUGCUAGCUUCAAUGGAGUCUGUAAGGGCAAUAAGUGUUCCCAUGUAUACCACCCUCCGACGUACAACUGUGGUGUUUACAAUGGUCGUGGAGUACCUUUUAACAAGGCAAAUGUAUGCACCUUUUAUUGUUGGUAGCGUGUCAUUGACCGUCUUUGGUGCAUUUAUCGCUGGUGCUCGAGAUUUAUCAUAUGACAGUUAUGGCUAUGCUAUUGUUUUUGUAGCAAACAUAACAACGGCAGUAUACCUUGCAACUGUAGCCCGACUUGGGAAAUCUAGUGGACUCAAUAGCUUUGGUCUCAUGUGGUGUAAUGGAGUAAUAUGUGCACCACUUUUAUUAAUUUGGACAUUUGCUUCGGGUGAUUUGGAGAGGACCAUUAGUUUCCCACAUCUAUAUUCUCCCAGUUUUCUGGUUGUAUUACUCCUUUCAUGUAUGAUGGCAUUUCUGUUGAACUACACCGUUUUUCUGAACACAACCGUGAACUCUGCACUCACUCAGACAGUGUGUGGCAAUCUGAAGGUUCGGUUAUGUACUUGCAAGCCCUUCAUUGUGGUUACUCUUGCAAUCAUGGCACCUCUUUCUGAUGCAUUAUUUCACCUGUGGCAUUCUAGGAUUUCUUCACAGUGGUAUUUGGCUGGCUAUUGUUUCGUGGGCUUCCUUAUGAUCCACUUAAUGUUAUUGGACAGUGCCUUGGUUUCUUUGGCUCUGGCUUGUAUGCUUAUUGUAAGCUCAAUGGGAAGUAGUCUUUGGUCAGCUGGGGCUUUUUUUAACGUCGCCUGCUCUGGUUGAAAUUCCAAAAGGCCUUUUGAGAAUCGGAUCUAAAAGGAUUUUUUAUAAAGAAAAUUCUUACCGAUUUCUAUCAUAAGCAAUCAAAUUUUGAUCCUACCUGGCAAUGCUCCUCCUCUCUCUCUCUCUCUCUCUUUCUCUCUUGCUGGUAUGUCAGCAUGCCUUUAAAACAAUUAUUAUAUCAAUACCUAUGAGAGAGAACUCUAGAUUGGAGACAAA